AUGGCCAUUACCUUGCCGCUCAGCAACAUUGGAGGCCGGUAUUUCGCCAUGUUUUUGAUGACUUUGGGAACUUACUGCGCUUUCAACUGCAAUGCCUCACACUUUUUCACUCCUUACAUGUUCCCAUCAAGCGAUUCCCCGCGUUACCGAUCUGGAGGUAUCGCUCUUGCAGUCUUCUGCGUCGGUACCAUGUGCACUGCGCUGUCCAUCAAAUUUGUGCUCAAGAAGCUCAAUAAGAAGAUGCGAGACCUGGACGAGAAUGACGAAGAGUACACCGGUGUUUUAGAAGGUAUUCCUCGAGGCUACGUUUUCUCGACCUAG